AUGAGCUGUUUGGAUGUUAUGUACCCAGCCUAUGGACAUUACGCACCGUACGCACCGACUGCUCCUGCUUUUAUCAGUAGCUUACAGGUAGGAAGAGAACAAAUCUUUCAAUACUAUCGAGGUACUUGUUGCAUUUUCUAAGCAUUUUAGAGAUGAUGUAACUCGGCUGUUUGGUGGAUAUUUGGCUAAUUCUUGUGCGUAAAAGCAAAUAACUCGUAUCGAUCGUGGAAAUGUUUCAUUUCUUGUACGUGAAUGAAGAUUUUUUUUCAAAAAUUUAUUUGUUUUUCGCUGAUAUCUGUAUCAGUAGUUGUUAUUUGUGUAUCACCGAGCAGAGAAGUCGCUAUAUAUUCUGAAAUAUAUCUUUACGCACUGACAUUAGGUUGCUCACGCGCGCUCAUGCCAGCGUUGCCACACACAAAGAAAAACAUUAUGUCAAAAUGUCUCAUAGUCAGCUCAGGAACUGUCCUCUGCAACACCUGUCAUAACCCUCUCCCUUCUCCUCCCCCCUUCUCCUCCCUUCCCUCUGACCCCCCUCGCAGGCUCCCACAGGUCUGAGCAGAACCUCUCCUCAUUGCCGGGAUUUUAUGGACACUCCCAGGGGUCCCGAGGGGAUGUCCGGGGGCCCAGGCACAGGAGGAUCAACUUCCUCCUCGUCUUCAUCCAGUUCUUCUACUUCCUCCUCCUUCACGUCUGCAGCUCUGAGGUCAGAGGAGGGCCCUAAGGAGAAGCAGGAGGCCCCCGAGGCAGAGUACCUUACUUCUCGAUGUGUCCUCUUCACGUACUACCAGGGAGACAUCAGCAGCGUGGUGGACGAGCACUUCUCCAGAGCCCUCAGUUCUUACAUGGAUGGAGAGGGCAAACGGAGGGCGCCGGACCAACAGGGCACAGGUAUGCUCCAUUGUCCAUAUCUUGGAGCUGAACACAAAAGCAGUGUCAACCUGCUGUGCAAAUGAAACGAUCCUGGACGUCUAAAACUCUUCUAUGUCCAUGCAGAAAAGUAUAAAGAUGUGUGAAGAUUAGUAGCAACCUUAUUUAUAUUAAGAUAUUAUUUAAAUAUGCUUUCAAGUGAUUAUCAGGAACCUAUCUUAAUGUUUUUGCACCAGUGACACUGACCAUUACAAAAUAUUGUUGCUGAAGAUUCAUGCCAGCUGAAAGACAUUUGGUUGAUCUCAUUCUAACUUGGUUUUGUCCCCCUGUUACACCCCAGCAGUUGCAUAAUUUGCAUGUAUUUAUGUGAACUCAGGUUCAACAGUUGUCAGUGUAGUGUCCUACGCUUGUUUUUGAGGGCCACACAGGGUGAGCUGACAGAUCUGCAGAGCACAGCAGAGAGCCAGACAGGUGAUGUGAUCAGGUGACACGACUGCAGAGCUGCUUGUUGGGACUGUUGUCCCUGGAGAGGUCAGGGCGUAGGGUUCAGAGGUCACGAGGGUCAGAAGCUGCAGAAAGUCACAGGACUUUUUUUUUUCUUUCUUUUUUUACUCUGGUUGGAGAAAAGAGUUUCGCAAAAGCAAGAGAAAACAAGCAGCCGGCGUUGGAUUGGAUUUUUUCUGGGUUUAAAGUGAAAAAUCUGGAAUCCAUAAAUAAUUAAAAGCAGCUCACAAACAUUCGGCCUCAAUUUUGGACAUCUUGUGUGGUAUGCUUUGGAAACAUUAUCAGUGCAGGCAUUCUUGAGAUUCAUAACCAACUGUUAGUCAGUGUCAACUUUUUUUUACAAGCAAAAUAAGAGACAAAAAACAAAAACAAAAAAAAGCUUAUAAUUACUUUAAAAACAUCAAUUUAUCUGCUCUAUUUUAGUUUUGAUUACACCAGGUGGAAACUUGUCAUUUUCAAAUCUUCCUCAGACAACAAGCCUCCAUGCUGCUGCAAAAAACUCUCAUCUUAGCAUGUGUUUUCAUCUAAUCUCAGUUCAAAAUAUCUCAGUGCACCUAUUAUUAGCUUAAUUCAUCCAACUAGCAAGGCAUAACUUUUGAUUUUAAAAUGUUGCAAGCAGGAGACACGGUAUGAGCUGCUUGUUAUACAUAAGUAACUGCCGGUGCAGUUUCAUAAGAUAUCAUUUAGAAUCUUAUUUUGAGAUAUUUUCCUCAUUUCAAUCAUGUCUGGACUUAAUUUUAACACAUGAUCUCUUAAAAUAAGAGGUUAGCUCCAGCCUGAGCAGGGAAAUGAAGCUGGUUUAGAUUGUAAUGAGGUAUGCUGACAAAUUUUGGACAAGCACACUGAUUUGAGUUUGUUUGAUUGUUUUUCAGUUUGAAGAUUUCACAGGGAUAUCCAUGUAGGGCCUUUGCCUUCACUCUCUCCCCGCUCUGCUGAUGCUGUUAGUUUCUUUCCCAGUUCAGCCGGACGUCUUCAUUUCGGCACUAACACAAGCUUCCUGCCUCACAACAGAUGCUAUGUUUAUACAUGGCCGUAAGCGCACAGCCUCGCUGGCGUAUCCCCUUCAAACGUCUCUGCGGCUGCCGUUCUGACUCUCCCUCCAGCCCUUGCCCCACAAUGGUUGAUCAGUCAGUUGCCUGUCUGCUUGUCAGAUUUAUAUACGUACGCUGUGGUCUGUGUGAUAGGGUGCACGGGGGAAACACUACCUCUCAGGGUGUCGCACGGUGUCUCUUUUCAGAGGAAUAUCUAAAUAUAAAAGUAUACUGCUAAAAACAUAUAAUGGCUCACUGACAUUCUGUCAAGGGCGAGGAGAGGGGGGAGUAGAGAAAACAACAGGUGGGGGUGCAGGAGACAGAGGAGAGGGGUGACGGGUGCAAGCGCAGGGCCAGAGCUGCAUGACUGUGUGUGUGUGUGUGUGUGUGUGUGUGUGUGUGUGUCUGUGUGUGUGUGUGUAUGUGUGUGCAGGAGAGGGUUGAGAGACUUUCAGAAGUACUGCGCUGACAUGAGAGUGAGAGAUGUCACCACAGUGAAGAUUUAGGGCUGUGCAGGCCUUGGGCUCCCUCCAGGUCAGAGUGUCUGCCUUAUAUAGAUCUCUGGGAUAUAGGGACAUCUUUCUUUCUACCUUUCUCUCUCUCUCUCUCUCUCUCUCUCUCUCUCUCUGUCCACUAGAACAUGGUUGUGUUUAUUUCUGUGUCUUGUUGGGCUGAGAGUUGUGUGUGACAGUAUGAUCCAAUGGUGAAGAUAUCUGGGCCAGAGGGUGUAGCAGUCAUGUGAGUGACAUCGACGUUUUAGCACGGGUUGCUCCAGCCUUUCCAUUUGUCUCUUUAAAUCAAAUGCAUCACUACACAGUUGUGCAAUGCUUUGUGCUUUGUCCUAAAUUUAGGUCCUAAAUCGUUGUUGAUCCUCUCCUUCUCCUCUUAGAUACACCUUCACCCAGCAGUAGGCGGAGCUUCCCUCCAUCCUUCUGGGACAGUAACUACUCCUCACCUCAGAGCCGUGCUCACUGUGACACUGGUGCACCCUCUUAUUCCAUGGACCCCUACGCAUCAGGGCUGCAUCCGGGUCUGCCGCAUCCGCACACCCACCCUCAUCCGCAUGCUCACCCUCACUCCCACCCCCACCCACCGGAGAGCUGGGGGUAUCCUCAGGCCCAGGCCUACGGUCCCCCGCGGCCUCUGCAUGAACUGUACUCACCGUCAGCUUUGGAGCCCCACUAUGGGCCCCUGCUGAUGCCCACAGUGAGGCCCCCACAUCUCCCCACACUGCCAAGCCACUAUGAAGUUAGCAAGCUGGAGCCUGCUGCCUCCUGGCCCGGCCUGCUGCCCCCUGGAGAUGUGAGCCAGACACUGGCUCUUAACAUGGAUGCAGGUACUUAUGAAGCAUGUUUUCAACACUGUAUAUCAACUAGAAAAUGUUCUUUUAUCCACAGUUUUACAAAACAUUCUGGACAGAACCAGAUAAAAGAAUCUAUGACUGCAAAACCAGAUACUUAGACAUCAGCAUACACAAAUGCAAAUGACAAUUUUGGAUUUUUAUCUUUACUAUUUUUGGAGGGGGCAUCUGUCAGCUGAUGAGAGACAGAAAAUGUGAGUAGUAGACAAAAGAAAAUGGAUGUGGCCUGGAGUCAAAUCAGUGACUGCUACAAUGAAGACUACAGCCUUAAGCUGCUAAACCAAUGGUGCCAUAAAUUUAGAUUAAGAAAGGCAUUAGGAAAGAGAAUGGCUUUUCCAUGUAAAGAAGUCUUUGCAUUUAUUGCAGAGAACGAUCAAGCUUUUUUUUCUGGCUGCAAUCAUGGUUGCUAUGCAACCACAGAGUUUUACUUGCAACUAUUUUCUACAGACAGAUAGUAUAAAAUAAACAGGGGUGAAAACUUAUUUUUAUCAAAUAGAGCAAAUGACGUAAUGAAUGAUUAAAACGAGAUACAACAAUUUAAAUGAUAAAUUACAAAAGAGAGGUGAACAUUUACAUAAGAAACUGCAGCAUGAUAUGAAUUCAACAUCUAUCAAUACAUGUAUAAACGAGACAGACUUAACUGCCUUAGGCUGGAUCACCUCGAUGUAGCUCUGAACAUCCAACAUAUCUGCAGUUUUCAACCUCCCCGCAGUACCCUGAAAGGACAAAAAAGGUGCAGACACCUGCAAAGUUGACUUCCCUUAGUCGUGCACAGACACAUAUACACACACAUGCACACACACACACACACACACACACAAAGUGCAUCAUAAUCAUCUCAUGGGCUCUUUUUCCCUCCUCUAAAACAGGAUGUUUGGCUAAAGUAGGCUCCAUGACAACCUGUGUUCUGUUGUUUGCAUUAUCCUCAUCAUUGUUCUCUUGUCUUUCUGCUUUUCUCUCAGGCCUCCAGCAGCACAAGAAAGGCAAGGAGCUGUACUGGUUCUAA